AUGGCGCGUCCCAAAUCCAUCCGCGCUCCUACAACCGCCAGUCUUCCCAACAAUCUCCGCAUCCCUUCCGCAACCCCGUCAUUGAUCAAGUCGUUCGGGCGACUGUCCCGCCAGGCGCUGCUCGAUCUGGUCUUCCAAUGGCUGGACGAUCGCAACGCGCGCUCGUUCCCGCCGUACCUGGAACGAGACGAGCCUGAGAACGCAGACGAUGACGAACUCAGCCCAUAUCCGGCCGCAAAAACUAUCGAGGAUGUGCGGACGGCCUACCAGGAUCUACAGGACAGGAAGGGGGGCAAACGCGAAGUCAUCGACCGGAUCCUCGAGGGCGACUGGCGCCACGGCAUCACGCUGCGGCAGCUGGCAAUGGUCGACCUCCGCUACAUGGAAGACCACCCGGCGAGUCUGCGGUGGACCGCGUUCGAGCUGACGCGCAUCGGCGUCGACGGCGCUCGAUCCACGAUCUCCCAGCCCGAUACCUCUGCAUGUAUCCCGCGCAUCCACGCCGCCACCUUCCUCAGCAACCUCCAGCAACAGAUCUCCCCGCUCGUGAAAGCGCACUACCACCUGACGCGCUCGUCGACCCUCCCACUCACCUUCCUCCGCAUCUUCGUCACCACUUCCCCCUACCAAUCCCCGCGCCAGCCCCCGGACGCUCUCCUCGACUCCGCGCGCGUCAUGUAUGUCGCCUUCCCGGACAGCUGCCCCUUCAUCUACACCUCGAUCGCGGCGGCGGCCGCGUCCGGCACCAAACCACCAGCCGCCGCGCACGCCGCCGCAACCGACCCACGCAGCCUGCAGCGCAUCGUCCGCGACGCCGUCCCCAAAGCGCUCUCCCGCCCGCACGCGCGCUACGCCCUCGCCGCCACGUCCCUGGCCGCAAAGAGCCUCCCCGCGCUGCUGGCGCUCCGCGGCCACGGGCGCUCCAACGCCGCCAACGGCGCGUUUAGCAUUUUCGCCGACGCCGUGCUCGAGGGGAGUCCGCUGGAUCCGCGGCCGUCGCAGACGGUCUCGCCAGCCGAGCAUUUCCGGCAAGACGCCGAUGCCGACACGGGCGGGGGGCAAGAAAACGAUGUCCCAACGAAGGGUGAAUCCCCCGCUACCCACGCCACCAAGAAACGCAAGCUGGCCGUGCAUGCCCGCUUCGGCACGACGGGGACGCUGUCGUCGGCGCCGCUGGACCGGCUCGAUGUGCGACUGCUUGACCGCGUGGCCGGAGCCGUAGACGCCGACGCCGACGCCGACGCCGACGCAGGUCCAAACGCUGACGCGGAGACGGACGACUCCACGCAACCGACGCUCUCGCUUACUUUCUCCGGUGUGGAUGUCGUCGCGGGGCUCCGCAGGCUCGCGGACCUCGGCGUCGUGAACGCGGAGCGCAUGCCCUCGUGGAUGACGGGCGAGGAGGCGGUGAGUGUUGCUGUGGUCCGUCGCGGAAAGCGCGUGGUUAGGGAUGGUGGAUGA